CUGUCAGCUGUGCGAGAGGCAACAAGAGCAAGGGAUUGUUUGUUUACAUGUUCAGACUCCCAUUUCCCUCUCAUUAAAUCCACGAGGAGCCUGAAGUUUAUUCCCGAGCACUUGUGAGCACUUUUGAAUGGUUCAAAGUGUAAUGCCUAGUAUAACAGGGCCGUUCGUGCUGGGCGGUGGAAGUAGCGGAGCCGGGGACAGGGAGAGCGGCGAUGGAGGAGGCAACCGCGGCGGAGGCCGGAACAGCAGCGUGUCAAGACCAAUGUCAAACGAGGAGUGUGGCAUUCGGGAGGUGUGGGCACACAACAUGGAGGAGGAGUUCCACCACAUCCGCCGCAUUGUGCACCAGUACCCCUACGUGGCCAUGGACACAGAAUUCCCUGGCGUGGUGGCCCGGCCAAUAGGCGAAUUCAGAAGUAACGCAGACUACCAAUAUCAGUUAUUGCGGUGUAAUGUGGACCUCCUGAAGAUCAUCCAACUAGGUCUAACAUUCCUCGACGAACAAGGGAAAACGCCGCCAGGGUUUAGCACUUGGCAGUUCAAUUUCAAGUUCAAUCUCACGGAGGACAUGUAUGCUCAAGACAGUAUAGACCUGCUACAAAAUUCUGGCCUACAGUUCAAAAAACACGAGGAAGACGGAAUCGAACCCGUCGACUUUGCCGAGCUCCUCAUGACCUCGGGAAUCGUCCUCUUCGACAAUAUCAAGAUGCUGUCCUUCCACAGUGGGUACGAUUUUGGCUAUCUGCUGAAGCUCUUGACAGACCAGAACCUGCCCUGUGAAGAGAGUGAAUUCUUCGAGCUUUUAAGACUCUACUUCCCAUCAAUAUACGAUGUUAAGUACCUGAUGAAAUCCUGUAAAAACCUCAAGGGAGGCCUGCAGGAAGUGGCUGAGCAGUUGGAGCUGGAGCGCGUGGGGCCACAGCAUCAGGCAGGCUCAGAUUCCCUUCUCACAGGUGCUGCAUUUUUCAAGAUGAAAGAGAUGUUCUUCGAGGACAAGAUUGACGACGCAAAAUACUGCGGCCACUUGUACGGCCUUGGAACAUCUUUUGUUGUUAAUGGGAACUCCAACACCUCCUAUGACAACGGACACACCUCGGACUCCACCUCGAAUUCAUAGUGCAAGGUCGCGGUGCCAUCACUGGCGCAAGUGCCAUGUACACAGACCAACACAGACCAAUAACGUCCCACGGAAGAACUUUUCCCCUAUUUUUUUUUUUUUUUUUAUUCUUUAUUUUUUUUUAAGUUGAAAUAUGUUUUUCGAUCUUCCUUGUGACUGAACCAGCAGAUCAAGUGAAGAACAAGAGAAAAAAAAAAUAGAACACUCGUUGUCGGACGGAUAAUUGCUUGCCGACUUCCUCUUAAACGCACUGCCCCAUCUGCAGCAUCUCUUGCAGGGAUGUGAUGCUACUGGUGCUGCCUUUUUGCACCAUCUUUUUCUCUUUCUUUGAUCAUUUCCUCUGUCUCUCCUUUGUCGUCUUUCAUUUUUUCGUCAGCCGUUUCUGCUUAGUCUUCCUCAUUUCUUCUCUACUCCUGUCUUUCAUUUUUUUCUCUAUUGGUAUCCUCAAUUUUUUUUAUACAUAUAUGUAGAAAAAUGUUAUUGAAUAUAACAGAUCCAUAGACUGGUGAAUAAUUAAUGGAUUUGAUAACACAACUUGAUAAUUUAUAUGGAGACGAGUCCUUUUUUUUUUUUCUUCUUCUUUUUAAAAAAAAAUUUUUUGAUGCUUGCUUUAGCUCUCUCGUCCUGUCUCUUUCUCUUUCUCUGAUUCCUCCGCAAUAAAAGAUUGAUUUCCAACCACAGUAAGAGUUACUGAAUAUUAGGUAUGGGGGGGAUAAGGGAGGGGCACUGAAUAGGGAAUCAAGCAAUAGCAUUUAACCCAAGCCCUAAAGUAAACAAAACACAAAAAAAAAA